AUGAAUAUACUAUGUCAUGUUAUGUGCCUGCUUCUUCUGGGAGUCGUUUCUUGCCAGAACAACCGAAAUGCCAAGCCAAGUGGAAAAGGUGCAAAAAAGCCAAACAUUAAAGCAGUAGAGACCAGUCAUCAUGGUCCUGAAGAUGAUCCGAACCCCGGGCCGGCAGGUGCUGCUGAGCCCAGUAAAGACACCAACGCUGGAGGUCGAGGAGCCACACAACAAAGCACAUCUACCAGCAAACUCACUGAUGAAAUGAAGCUGUAUUUUCUUAAGAACACAUUAGUGACAUGCAACGAUGGGACUGCCGCUGGGUUUUACCUAAAGGAGUUCAAAGGAAGCAGGAGAUGGCUGAUAUUUUUGGAAGGUGGCUGGUGCUGCUACAACAAAGAGACAUGCGACUCCAGAUAUAAAACUGUCCCCCGUCUCAUGAGCUCAACUGACUGGCCUCAGACACGCAAAGGCACCGGUAUUCUGUCUGCACAAAUCGAUGAAAAUCCUCACUGGUAUAAUUCCAAUAUUGUGUUUGUUCCUUACUGCUCGAGCGAUGUAUGGAGUGGAAACAAAGCAGCGUCAAAACCCAAACAGGGAAAAGAAACAGAAUACACUUUCAUGGGAUCUGUGAUCAUUCGGGAAGUCAUCAAAGAUCUUGCAGCAAAAGGUUUGAAACAGGCCAAAGUUGUGAUGCUGGCAGGGACCAGUGCCGGAGGAACAGGUGUGCUGCUGAACAUUGACAAAGUGUCCGGUCUCCUGGAGCAGUUGGGUGUGGACGCACAGGUGCGAGGUCUCGUGGACUCGGGCUGGUUUCUGGAGAGCAAACAGCAGAAGUCACCUGACUGUCCCGACAGCGCCUCCUGUACCCCGGUUGAUGCCAUAAAGAAAGGUCUUCGGUUGUGGAAUGGUGUUGUCCCAGACAAGUGUAAGCAGCAAUACAAAAGAGGCGAGGAAUGGCAAUGCUUUUUCGGACACAAACUGUACUCCCACAUAAGAGCUCCUCUGUUUGUGGUGCAGUGGUUGUUUGAUGAGGAACAGUUACGACUGGAGAACAUUUAUAUGGGCUGUCAGUCUCUCUCUGAGCAGCAGUGGACUUACAUGCAGAAUCUGGGAAAAGAGCUGAAAAACUCUCUCAAAGAUGUGACGGCUGUGUUCGCCCCCUCCUGUCUGUCUCACACUUUAAUUACCAAGAGCACCUGGAUGGAGUUUCAGAUCAAGGGCACAUCCGUGUCUCGUUCUCUUCAGUGUUGGGACAGAAGUCUUCAGGAGGCCAAUAAGAACAGUAAAACCGCUCUGAAGGGCUGUCCAUUUCAUCUCAUAGAUAACUGCCAAUGGCCUCAGUGCAAUCCCACCUGUCCGGCUCUGAUCGAUCAGGUCACACAACAGGAGAUGACUCUUCUCCAAGUGUUGGCCAGCAUGGGUCUGGACCUGCAUAAGCUGGGACUGGAUGCAGGAGAAGAUAUUUCGGCUGGAAUGAUCAGCAGCGGUGGCUAA